CCCUUAGGGAAGAGCCGGGCUGCGUUUCCUCAGCUCGGCGGCAGCCGCACUCCCAGCCCCGAGGGGCCGCUCCGGCUGCGGGAGGAGGAUCCCGGGGAGGCGCUACCUCCCUUCCCUCCCCCUCCUGCCGGCUGAGGAGGCGCCUGAGAGCGGCUGCACCCUCCCCGGCCCCUCUGCAGGGAGGAGGAGGAGGAGGAAGAGGAGGAGGAGCCGCCGCCUGCGGGGAAGAAGUAAACCACUAAUUACAUGAAAAUGGCUCCAGCAUCCUCCUAUAAUGGUUUUCAGCAUUAAAGGGUGACUGGAGGGUUUGUGGCAUGGAGAAAAGAAUUUGAGAUUUGUUUCUUCUGCUUUAAGCGUUUUCCCUCUGGUAGAUGAUGAUGCAUUUUUCCAGUCAGUUCCACUCUUGCUGCUCCCUGGUGGACACAGGCGCAAAUCUGUAUGGAGGAUGAAACUCCUCCUUCUCAAGAAGUCAGUGCCAAGGUCUUGGAGGCAACAUUGUUGUCAGCUCUAAAGAUGCUGGAUAUUGGGAAAUGGCCCAUUUUUUCUCUUUGUUCACAAGAAGAGCUCAAGUUAAUUCGUCAAGCCUGUGUGUUUGGUAACGCUGGUAAUGAAGUGCUGUAUGCGACUGAAAAUGAUGAGGUUUUUGUGCUUGGCAUGAACUGCAGUGGGUGCUUGGGAACAGGAGACAUCCAAAGCACUAUUGAACCAAAGAGAUUAGAUUCUCUGUGUGGCAAAAAAAUAGCCUGUCUGAGUUAUGGAAGUGGUCCUCACGUUGUUCUUGCUACGGAAGAAGGAGAAGUGUAUACAUGGGGUCAUAAUGCUUAUAGCCAGUUGGGCAAUGGUACAACAAAUCAUGGUUUGGUUCCCUGUCAAGUCUCCACUAACUUGGUGAACAAGAAAGUCGUUGAAGUUGCUUGUGGCUCUCAUCAUUCUAUGGUGUUAACAUCUGAUGGAGAGGUAUACACAUGGGGUUAUAACAACUCAGGCCAGGUUGGGUCUGGCUCAACAGCUAAUCAACCGAUUCCUCGAAGAGUUACCAGCUGCCUACAAAAUAAAAUAGUAGUUAACAUAGCCUGUGGACAGAUGUGCUCCAUGGCUGUGGUGGAAAAUGGAGAGGUCUAUGUCUGGGGUUACAAUGGUAAUGGGCAGCUUGGACUGGGCAGCAGUGGUAAUCAGCCAACACCAUGCCGAAUUGCAGCCUUGCAGGGCAUUCGUGUACAGAGGGUUGCCUGUGGCUGUGCACAUACGUUAGUGCUAACGGAUGAAGGUCACAUUUAUGCCUGGGGAGCCAAUUCAUAUGGCCAGUUAGGUACUGGGAAUAAAAGUAACCAGUCCUACCCUGCGACAGUUGUUGUGAAUAAGGACAGAAUUAUAGAGAUCGCAGCCUGCCACUCUGCUCACACUUCGGCUGCCAAGACCCAGAGUGGCCAGGUGUACAUGUGGGGCCAGUGCCGCGGCCAGUCUGUGGUCCUUCCCCACCUCACUCACUUUGCCUGCACUGACGAUGUGUUUGCUUGCUUUGCUACCCCUGCCGUUAUGUGGCGUCUCCUGUCAGUAGAGCCUGACGACCAUCUAACAGUAGCCCAGUCACUGAAGAAGGAAUUUGACAACCCUGAAACUGCAGACCUGAAGUUUCUAGUGGAUGGAAAAUACAUCCACGUCCAUAAAGUUCUUCUCAAAAUUAGGUGUGAACAUUUUCGAUCCAUACUGAAUAAUGAUGAUGAAAUUAUAGAAAUGAGUGAAUUUUCUUAUCCCGUUUACCGAGCCUUCCUGGAAUACCUGUAUACAGACAGUAUUAGGCUCCCUCCUGAAGAUGCAAUAGGACUGCUAGAUUUGGCAACACUCUAUAGAGAAAACCGAUUGAAAAAGCUCUGCCAGCAAACAAUCAAACAAGGCAUUUGUGAAGAGAACGCGAUUGCUCUUCUGUCUGCCGCUGUCAAGUAUGAAGCUCAGGACUUGGAAGAAUUUUGCUUCAGAUUUUGCAUAAAUCAUUUGACUGUUGUUACACAAACGCAAGGCUUUGCAGAAAUGGACCAUGAUCUCCUGAAGAACUUCAUUAGCAAAGCAAGCAGAGUGGGAGCAUUCCGAAACUGAGACCCGAGCACCACCGAGCUGAAGAGCACAUCCUCUUCCCUCCUGGAAACACUUCUCCUUGGAGAACUUACCCAUGGUCAGAAUGUGCAGAGGUGUGGAAACAAAGACUUGGUGUCCACCAGCUUUGGAAGUGUCUCGAAGUCUGCUAACGUACAGCUUGUGGAAAGCUGCCUUCCAGCAGAGAUGUAUAGGGAGAGUUCACUGGCAACGGCCAGAAUUCGACAGCAAAAUCUAAUACAGUAACUUCCUUUGCCCGCGUAAGCAAACUAAGCUGUCAUUAUCUCGCCUAUUUUGAUUAUUUGCCUUUUGUUUUUUGUAUCUGGAUUUUAAGGGGCAGUGACACGUUUGCUGCUAAAACUUCUCUAGUGUACUACUAUCACCAAACUAAGUUAUUAUGCCAUAGUGGGCUUCUUUGUGCCUGGUUUAUCAUUCAGUGAAGAUACAAACUUGUUUUUCCAAAUACGUGACAAAGUAACAUGCAUUUUGUUGAGAGGAGAGGCUUUAGAUUGGCAGGAGCUUUUGUCUUGCUACACGUUCAUUUAGAGUGUAAAUACUUAAACCAUGAAGAGCUUCAGCUGGAUAUCACAGGAUAUAGUUCCUGGUAGUUAUGCCCAUUGUUCUAGACAAUGACAAAACCCUUCCUCUCCUUUACACCAAGCACAUUCCCUGGCAGCCCAGUGGGGCAGUGAACAUUCAGUAGUAUCAGUCUGGACACAAAUUACUGAUUUUGGAGUGUUUCCGAGCACUCUGAAAAACAUCUGCUUGCUCGUUACUAAGAAAAAGAAACCCGAAUGAAAUCUCCAGGAAAGGGAAGUUCCACUUGAGGUUUGUUUGUUUAUUCUUGUCUUAGUGCCUGUCUCCAGACAGAUCAUUUUACUAAAAGUGGAGAAAGAAAGAAGAUAAUUAUAAAGUGAAAAAAAAAUUAGUCUUACGAUGAAAUCAUGGAAGUGAGACUCAGGCUAUUUUCUGACUGGGACACUUUGUUCAAAUACAUUGUCGUAGGUUCUCCACUGGUCUCUCGGGGUGACCACGCUGCUGCAUUACAUGGUGUUUUAGGUGAGAGGAGUUGCCCUCUGGACGUGCCUCUCGUAUCACUGACCUGUGAGGGUGACGGGAUGGCUCACAUGGAGCAGGCACCUGAUUCCUCGCUGCCUGCAGUGAGCAAAGAUGAAAUCCCACUUCGUGUUACGCAGAGCAGGGCUGCCCCUUUACAGAAGACGCUGAGCUCAUGAAGCAGUUACAAUUGUUUAACAGGCAACUGUAAAUUAACUCUUGAGGAAUUAUUUCUCUUAAAAGACCGUGUGAAGUGGCUUUAAGGGCCUUUUGUGGCAUCUUACAAAUGCAGCAGGCCAGCAGCUGGCUGUCUAGGCUCAGUGCACUGAUAGAUGUUGUGCAACCUUCACUCAGACCUUGCUCUCACACAGAAGCCUUUGCUGACUUACUCUUAUCCUCAUGUGUGGUUUCCAAGAACCACAUUUAAUUCCCUUAACUGAGCUCAGCUUCAUUUCAUCAUUUCUGCUGUCCUUCAUUAUGUCAGGUUAUUAUUUCUCAAGCAAUUGUAUUCCUUGAGGAGGAGGAAGAGGAGCAGCAAGUCUGGAGAGAAGAGGCAGAGGAGCGAGUAGUUCCCCUUUUCACAUCAGGCUCUGGGGAGGCGUGCAGUCAGCAAAAUUUACAUAGGAAGAGGGCUGUAAGCAAAUUAAUUUGGAAAAAUGCUCUGGUUAACAAACAAAAAUCACUUCCGUUUUCAAACCGUCACUAGAAAGAUACUGGAUUAUCUACUGCUACCACUCUUUUUUUCCCUGUCCCUUGAUCAUACAGCUUUGUCCAGCAGCGUAACUGCAUCCUUCAGCAGCUCUGUCGCUAUUUUAUAUUCAAACAGAACUGGGCAAAACUUUGCAGUACAUAAUGCAGUUUCAUCAAAACCACAGCUUCCCUCUGGGGGGGGUAGAUCUGUUUCGAUAAUUGUGUGUUGAAGGGCACUUGAUGCAGGCACACAGAUAAAAUAACAUUCAGAUCGGGGCACAAGUUUACUGCAAACCUCGUGGGUUUUGGUUAAAACAUCUUUGCCCAGCAUUACUGAUAUCAAGAGCACAGAUACAAGGCAAUGCCACAUGAGCUGAGGCUGGGGAAUUCCAAACAUUUUGGCUGAGUCAGGAAUGGAUGGGGUGAAGCCUUUGUCCCCCCUCACCCCAGGGCCCGAGACCCGCCUGGGUAGUUACGAAAUGAUGAGUUCAAAAAAUGUACGAUAAAAGUCUCUCCAAAUAGUCCCGUUGUUUUACUUCAUGAGCCCAAACUGGCAAAAUGAACUCUCCAUUUUAUUUAUUUAUUAUUCAACACCUGAUCGAAGCCAUUCUCUGCUCAACGAAGAGCCUGGCUCCCCGGGGAUCCCACUCUCCAGAGUUAGCACCACCACGCCCCUGUGCUGGCUCAGGCUCAUAACGCAGUGUUCAACAUCCUGAGAGGCCCAGACAGAAACUACUGCAGUCAAAGUGGUGUUUCCUCAGCGAUGCAUUUUUUUGGCUUAAUCGGACCAAUCGUGCCUUUGGUUGUUCUUGUGUUGUUUGUUUUUUUUUUUCCCAAUUCAUUUUCCUCCUGCUCAUCAUUUUCCACGUCCCGUACACAUUAAAGCUUAGCUGUAGUUUCAGAACAGCUGCCAAAGCCUGUAAUUUUGAGAGGAAGCAUCUCCGGACUGAGAGAACGUGAUCCUAAAGAUCUCCUGUGUCCGUGUUGGCUUUUAUUCAGGCAGUGUGUAUCAUUUGACCUGGAUGUGACAGUACUUUAUUCAUAGAGAUGUUUAUUUAUUUAUUUGUUAACCCUCAUUUGCAUGCACUUUCCUUGGCACUUACAGGUCAGUGUUUAAAGAAACAAACUGGCUUAAGUGGUUAAAUUUGGACGCUUGUGCAUAAAUGUGCUUGAAAGCCAAUCAUGGGAUGCUUUAGAAGAAAUUAAGGAUGCAUUUUACCAUUGUACGAUUGUCUGCAAAAGACAUACAUUGUGGAUCUUGGAGGUUAAGUACUUAAUAAAGGGGUGGGUCUAGGUCUUUUUAUGGGACACCACAAACAAAAAAAGGUAUUUGUUAUGUGAAAAUGUGGUCCUGCAUAAAACGUGCCUGGGGUUGAAACUAAGAGAGAUCUUCAACUGCUCAGAAAGGGAAACGCAGGUGGAUCACUUUCUGAAUCAAGUGGAAUUGGGAAGAGAUGAUAGGACAGGAAUAGGAUCGCUUAAAAGUUACAUUACUGAAAUUAAAGAGUUAGCACUGCGAUGCCAUUUAGUAGUUCUGUUAUACCUGGUAACUCUGUAAAGUGCUGUUUUUAUGUUAUCUGAGUAAUUUCCAUGUGCUUUCCUUGUAAAACAAAGCAUUUAAUUACUCUGUAGAGACAGGACUCGCUGGGUACCACCUAACGAUGUAGAAAGUUCACAGCCUGAACAUAAAAAUGUUUUGAUUACUUGUUUCUUAAUAAACUUGCCUGGUUUUAACAGACCAUUAAUAAAAAUGUCAUAGUAUUUAAAAGUG